AUGGUAAACCAACUCCCCAUUUCUCUUUCCACUCUAUUUUUGCUCUCAUCUUUUUUUUUCUUCUUCUCCAUCUUUCUUCAUUUCUCUUUAUCUUCAGCGCCUGUUCACAUUUCUCAAUUCCAAUUUUUAUUAUUUCUGCCAUUUUUCUGAUCACCUGUAUGACUGCUACAUGGCAUCAAAAUCGUAUGGAAAUUUGCUGGGCCUAGUUUCUGGUGAUUUACUGGAUAUACCUUGUACUCCUAGACCUCUUCCCCGAGUUAUGACUGUUCCUGGAAUCAUCUCUGACGUGGAAGGUCGUGAAAGUAGUGAUGAAGAUGUGGAUGCCUCCGUACGUGAGCGGAAAAUUCUCGUUGCUAAUAUGCUGCCUCUUAAUGCUUCUAGGGAUACAGAAACUGGAAAGUGGCACUUCAACUGGGAUGAAGAUUCCUUAUUGUUACAGUUGAAAAAUGGAUUAGCGCCUAAUACGGAGGUUAUAUAUAUCGGUAGUCUGAAAGCUGACAUUGAUAUUAAUGAGCAGGAUGAGGUUUCCCAGAGGCUUCUUAAGGAAUUUAAAUGUGUUCCUACUUUUCUACCUCAAGACCUCCAGAAGAAGUACUAUCAUGGGUACUGUAAGCAAUAUUUAUGGCCGCUUUUCCAUUACAUGCUACCUAUGUGCCCAGAUCAUGGUGAUCGUUUUGAUCGGUCGCUCUGGCAGGCAUACGUUUCUGCUAAUAAGAUAUUUGCUGAUAAAGUAAUGGAAGUCAUAAACCCUGAGGAUGAUUAUGUAUGGGUACAUGAUUAUCAUCUCAUGGUCUUGCCUACGUUUUUAAGGAAACGAUUCUACCGAGUUAAGCUAGGGUUUUUCUUACAUAGCCCGUUUCCGUCAUCCGAAAUCUACCGAACCUUGCCAGUCAGGGAUGAAAUUUUGAGAGGCCUACUAAACUGUGACCUAGUGGGUUUUCAUACCUUUGAUUAUGCUAGGCAUUUUCUAUCAUGCUGCAGUCGGAUGCUUGGAUUGGACUAUGCAUCAAAGAGGGGGCAUAUUGGGUUGGAUUAUUUUGGUCGUACGGUUUACAUCAAAAUUUUGCCCAUUGGGAUUCAUUUGGGUCGUAUAACUUCUGUUCUAGAUCUUCCGUGCACAUCCGACAAAGUUAAAGAAAUACAAGAACAAUACAAAGGCAAAAAAGUGAUAGUUGGGAUUGAUGAUAUGGAUAUCUUUAAAGGGAUCAGUCUGAAAUUGUUGGCCAUAGAGCAACUACUGUAUCAGAACCCUGCUUUUUUGGGCAAGUUGGUCUUGAUUCAAAUCAUAAAUCCUGCUCGAAGUACAGGCAAGGAUGUGCAGGAAACACAGAGGGAGACAUAUCUAAUUGCAAAAAGAAUCAAUGAUACCUAUGGUUCUUCACAUUAUAAACCAAUAGUUUUAAUUGAUCGCCCUGUUCCUCGUUUUGAGAAGUCAGCAUAUUAUGCUGUAGCUGAAUGUUGCUUGGUGAAUGCUGUAAGGGAUGGAAUGAACCUGGUUCCGUACAAGUAUAUUGUCUGCAGGCAAGGAACACCUGCUCUCGAUGAAGCAUUGGGCAUUCAACCAGACACUCCGCACACUAGCAUGCUUGUAGUUUCAGAAUUUAUCGGAUGCUCACCGUCUCUCAGUGGUGCCAUCAGAGUAAAUCCAUGGGAUAUCGAAGCUGUGGCCGAAGCCUUGAAUUCAGCUCUUACAAUGCCAAAUACAGAGAAGCAAUUACGGCAUGAGAAACACUAUAAAUAUGUUAGUUCUCACGACGUGGCUUAUUGGGCAAAAAGUUUCGUACAAGAUCUGGAGAGAGCUUGCCAAAAUCACUACGAUAAGAGAUGCUGGGGAUUUGGGUUGGGACUGAGUUUCAGGGUUGUCUCCCUAUCUCCAAGUUUCAGGAAGCUCAAUGUUGACUAUAUUGUCUCGGCGUAUAGGAGGACCAGUAGAAGGGUGAUAUUCUUAGACUAUGAUGGCACUCUUGUAUCACAAAGUUGUAUGAACAAAUGUCCAAGCCCAGAAGUUAUUUCUGUUCUCAAUGCUCUUUGCAAUGAUCCGAAAAAUACUGUUUUCAUUGUGAGUGGCAGAGCAAGAAAUCAACUUGGUGAAUGGCUUAGCCCAUGUCAGUUGCUAGGAAUAGCUGCCGAGCAUGGUUACUUUUUACGGUGGAACAAAGCUGCUGAUUGGGAAUCAAAUACUGCUGAACUCGAAUGGAAAGAGAUUGUAGAACCUAUCAUGAGAUCAUAUACCGAGGCAACCGAUGGUUCCAGCAUAGAGCCUAAAGAAAGUGGCCUCGUUUGGCACCAUCAAGAUGCUGACCCUGACUUUGGGUCUUGGCAAGCGAUGGAAUUAAUGGAUCAUCUCGAAAAUGUGCUUGCAAAUGAACCAGCUGUUGUUACAAGGGGCCAUGGCAUUGUCGAAGUUAAACCACAGAAGGGUGUUAGCAAGGGGCUUGUUGUCGAGAAGGUGAUUUCUAAAUUAGAUGAUGACGGGAAACAACUGGAUUUUCUCAUGUGCAUUGGGGAUGACAGAUCUGAUGAAGAUAUGUUUGAAAGCUUAUUAAAGUCCUUAAAUCCAUCUUCAGCUAAGCUUCCCGAGAUCUUCUGCUGCACCGUCGGUCAAAAGCCUAGCAAGGCUAAGUACUAUCUAGACGAUACAGCUGAUGUUUUACGGCUACUUAGUGGCAUAGCUUCUGCUGCCUCGAACCAAAAACCUCGGUAUAAUCCCCACGCCCAAGUCUCGUUUGAAAGUACUUUCUAGUAGCUUCUUGUGUGCUCGUAGUUAUAGGUCAGCCUGGUGCGUCAAUCGGACACUUUUAACACAUCGGAUACAUGUACAUGGUGACAGUAGUGUAGUUCUUCGACAAGAAGGGUUCUUUGAUGCUGAUCAUCUUUCAAAGAAAUACGUACGCCUACUCUCCUGCAUCAAAUUGUACAGGAUUCUGUUUGAUGCCAAAGUUCCCUGAUUGUCUCUAACAAAGUGAUUUGAACGAUCAUGAACAAAAAUCAUACGGGAUAUCCUACUUGUUCUACAUAAAGAUCAACAGGAUACUCGUUUCUAACUUAAAGGCUUUAGCGGACAUAAGCGGUUUCUUCUUCCCAUUACACAAAAAUCUGGAAAAAAGAGUGAGUUUCUGCAUAUUAUUGGAAUGGGCUUGUAUGUUUUUGGCUUUGUAAAUGUCUAUUAUACAUGGACAAACUCUAGUAGAGGCGUAUUCCUUGAAGUAGUAUUAAAAACGGCUGUUGUUCAUUUUCAUAUAAAUAUUAUUUGUUCCUUGUUAA